CGGCAGAGCUGCGGGUCGAACGCGAAGGGUUCUUUUCGUGGCCCAGUCGCGGGGCGGUAGUGCUAGAACCGUAGUCCGGGUAGUCGGUAGGGCGGUGCCGCUGUCGUGUGCUUUAGGUAUUUUUUUUAAAUUUGGUUUCGAUUAGUUUUCUGUAUCUACCGAGUGUGUGCAAUAUUUUUUUUCCAUGUCGCGGUUUCCUUAGAGUUAUGUCAUCGCCAACGGCCAUCCGCGAACCGGCCCCGAUGUUGACUAGUUGCUUUGGCCCACGCAAAAACUCUCUGGCUGCAUCCGCGUGUUGACUACUGAUGAUAAUGCGAAUCGUCUGAUUCGGACCGCGGCCCUUAGGCCAAAACGAUUUCGUUGCAGUAGCUGAGCCGUUUAAUCGUUAUUUUUGGACUACAGCCCAACAUUUACUUAACACCGGCAUAGGUGAGAAUCUAUUUAAACUAUAAUAAUAGUUUUCCAUUACAUGAAUGAAACUGUAUUUUUAAUUAUGGUUAUUUAAUUAAAAUUCAACUGUGAUUUAGUAUCAAAAUGACGAUCCCAAAACUACCGACAGAUUUUAGAAGAGAUGGAUUGGCACUUAUUUCACGUAUGGUUAGAACGAAAGAUUUAGAUGAUCUUCAAGAAGAAAUAACUCCUCCAGGCAGAUUUGAUCCACAUCAUCAAACAAAGCUAAAAAAAUGUUUGAACACUGUGGAUUUAACGUCAUUAGGUGUUGGAUCUUGUCUUGGAACCGGUAUGUACGUCGUAACUGGAUUAGUAGCUAGAAGAUUUGCUGGUCCAGCAGUUAUUUUAUCAUUUAUAAUAGCAGCCAUAGCGUCUUUGUUUUCCGGUGCUUGUUAUGCUGAAUUUGGCGUACGAGUUCCACAUACUUCCGGUUCAGCAUAUAUGUAUAGUUAUGUAACAGUAGGCGAAUUUAUAGCAUUUCUCAUCGGCUGGAAUAUGGUCCUCGAGUACCUUAUUGGAACUUCAGCAUGUGCGUGUGCCCUAAGUGCCAGUUUGGACUCGUUGACCAAUGGAUCUGUCAGCGCAUCCAUUCAGAAUACGAUUGGCUUUUUAGGUAAACCUGAUCUAUUAGCCGCUGGAAUCACCUUACUUAUGAUGGUCCUUUUAGCCGCAGGAGUUAAAAAAAGCUUAAUGUUUAAUCAUUUGAUGAAUGCUAUUAAUUUAGCUGCGUGGAUAUUUCUCAUGUCGGCUGGUCUGUUUUACGUAAACAUUAAUAACUGGACUGAAAACGAAGGGUUUUUUCCAUACGGAUGGGGAGGUGUAUUUAAAGGAGCAGCAACAUGUUUUUACGCCUUCAUAGGAUUUGAUAUUAUAGCUACAACUGGAGAGGAAGCCCACAAUCCAAAAAAAUCUAUUCCUUGGGCUAUUAUGGCUAGUUUAAUAAUAAUUCUAGUAGCAUACGUUAGUUCAUCGAUUAUACUAACUUUAAUCGUUCCAUAUAACAAGAUUGAUGAAAAUGCAGCUUUGUUAGAUAUGUUUGUUCAAGUUGGAGCACCUCGAUGUCAGAUAAUCAUAGCUGCUGGAGCUAUGGCUGGUCUUUUGGUGAGCAUGUUUGGAUCUAUGUUUCCUAUGCCAAGAAUAAUCUAUUCUAUGGCCCAAGAUGGAUUGCUAUUCAAAUCGCUUAGUCAAAUUUUUCCAUUAACUGGUACGCCCCUUGUUGCUACCGUAAUAUCUGGAAUAGCUUCGGCUGUAGCUGCUUUGAUCAUCAAUCUUGACACAUUGAUAGAAAUGAUGUCUAUAGGAACCUUGUUCGCAUACACUCUUGUUUCAACAUGUGUAUUGAUACUAAGAUAUCAACCUCAAACAUCUACUGCAAUUCACUUUUUUCCUGAAACUAUUCGGUCUCCCAUGACCGCACCAAAACAAAUUGUUACCAACGGACGGGUAAACUUUGUGGUAAACCAAGAUGAUCAAAGAUAUUCGUACACAAACCAAGCGUUUACAAGUGGUGGUGUACCGGCAUCGUUUUAUCAAACUCAACUUCCGUUACCACAACAAAUUAUACCACCUCAUCAGUCCCAAAGGAUAAUGGUUCGAAAAGUAACUAGAAGUUCUCCGGAUUCAGAUGAUACGUAUUAUGGGGAUGACUCCGAAGAAGGACGCGAUGACCAGUAUUUAGUAUCAGAUAGAUAUGAAAGUAAAUUCUACGGAUCUGUUCACGGGGGUUCAACUGCUGGUUCUACAACAGCUGCUGGUAGCUUUAAUGCAGCAAGCGCUAAUAUUACUAGAUCUAUUAAGGCGGCUACUUAUUUGUGUCCAGCAAUAUUUCCAUGGGUAGACACGGGACCUGCAACUGAGGAGAGCGGAUAUAUUGUGCUCAAAAUGGUUGGAGUAUUCUAUGUACUUAUCAUUGUCUUUGAUAUAAUGCUAGUGGUCAUAUCUCCAGAAUCAUCUACGUUCACUUAUAUUAUUUUGUAUACGCUGCUUAUUGCUAUAAUCAUUGUUCUUGGUGCAAUAUCACGAAAACCACAAAACAAGCAAAUACUUGUUUUUAAAACACCAUGGGUGCCAUUUGUACCGGCAUUUUCUAUUGCUGUCAACCUUUACUUAAUUUUCCAAUUAAGUUCAAUGACUUUGUUAAGAAUCAUCAUUUGGGUGUCAAUAGGGCUCUUUGUAUAUUUUUAUUAUGGCAUCAAACACAGUACGUUAGAGCCUGCAACAGAUGAAGAUGAAAGAAUAGAACUUAAAACAAAACAUCCGCCAGUAUCUACACAACAUAACAACAAACAACAGAGUCAAAAAGCACCACCCCCUCGGCCGGCUGCUCCAUCAGUUGUUGAGGAGAAGAGUUCUGAACUGAAAAGGCCAACUAAUUUAGGAGCUCCUCCACCACCAGCGUCAAAUAAUGGCAGUAUGUUUGUAUCUCCGUCCGCUUUUCCUAAAUGGGACGAUUAGUUUGACUGAGAAUAAUUGUAAGUAAUAAUAAAUGUUAAACAUGUUACGUUAUUUUAAUUUUAACAACAAGUUGUGCAUUAGGCACAUGUAAAUAAAAUGUUGUAAAACAAUUUAUAGUUGUUGAAUCUGACCUUUAAAAUUAUAACUAACGAAUAAUAUUUUUACUAUUAUUUAAUUGAAAUAUUGUUAUACAAACGUGAUAAGCGUAGUAUUUUAAACUUAUAUAAUUAUAUGAUAUAAUGAAAAGCUAAUUAACUAAUAAAUUUAAAUAAUGCAUGUACUAAAAAUAAAACUACAAUAUAUGAUAAUUCUAAUUUAAAUACUGUUGUUAAUAUGCCAAAAUGUAAUAAUGCAGAAAUAACUAUGAAUA